AAAUGUCCUUGUUAUAAGGAUGUAUAGAAUCAGAGUGGGGAAGUUAACUUAUAAAUAAAUUUAAAUCAAUUUUAGCUGUUUCAGUCAAUUUUAACAAAAGAUGGGUAUUUUUGUGAUACUAAUUUUAGGACUCGCCGCUUGCGUGAAAGGUGACGUUGGUUAUCGAUAUAAGGUGCCGGCUACAAGUUACGAUGUUCCGUUUGGUUCAGUUGGUAGUUUAACUAAUGACAGAAAAUAUUACCAUGUUGGGAAACAGAGUUUUUCCACCGGAAGUGUUGUCCCAGUAAACCCUUCUCAACAACUCCAAACACCGAUUCAUGAACACACCUCUUUCAUCGGAACUGGCAAUCUUCCGCAACAACAGGUGUCAUUGUCUGCCAGAGGUCAAGAGAACACGAAUUUAUUAAAUAAUUUACAUACUCCUGUACACACAGAAGGUAUUUCCACGUUCAAUAUUGCAGGAAGUUCUCUAAACCGAAAUGCUGGUGAUGUCGGUACGCACAAUGUGGCACUGGACUCCAAAUCAAACUUUGAAGGAGGAAAUUCGCACAGUGUACUAAUAAAUUCCAAAUCUCAGUUUGAAACAGGAAAUUCUCAAGAUGUAGUACUGAACUCCAAAUCCACCUUUGGUCAAAAUGUGGCGGUAGAUUCUCAGUCUAACUUUCAAGCCGGACAUUCUCAACAAGUAGAGCUACAAAGACAUCUAUAUUUCUACUCUGCUCCCGAAGAACCCGAAGAAGUUCGUCCAAGAAUAGUAGCACCUCCGGCUCCUGCGAAGAAAAAUGUCAAAGUUUUGUUCAUUAAAGCGCCUACAUUUAAUUCAGCUCCUGUUCAUAUUCCCGCUCUACCACAAAAUGAAGAGAAAACUCUUGUAUACGUGUUAGUGAAAAAACCAGAAGAAACUUCGAUAGUUCUGCCAACACCUGCACCAACGAAGCCAUCAAAACCGGAAGUUUACUUCAUUAAGUACAAAACACAAAAAGAGGCUCAAGAAGCAGUUUCCAACCUUCAGCAAGGUGGUGGCCAUGGUGGAGUUUCGGCAAUCAGCAGUGAUGAAUUCAAUGCCAAUUCUUUCUCCAAUAACGUUCUUUCGGCCGGUCAUCACAUUGAAUAUGAACCAAAUGUUGAGCUUAACCGAAAUAUUAACUUUGUUUCAAAAACUUCAUCAUCACUAAAUGAAAAUGGAGGAAUUGGUUCUGAAUCUCCCUUAGUAGUUUCCACACUGCCAACGCCUACUUCUUUUGGUGAAUCUGCUUUACACUUUACUAGUGGACACAGUGGACUGUCAAAUAUUGUCACACCAGGAUUUCCUCAUUCUAUGGGACAAACUCAUGGUGAACGAAUAUUCUCUUCUGACGGAAUUACAAAUUUUGAUGGUUCACUAAAUAGCAGAGUAAACGAAUUUCAGGGAUCGACAACUGUAGGUUCUUUGAACUUACCAACUGCUCCUACCAGAUUUGAUGGAGAGGUAAAAGUUCAUCAAGUAUAUGGUCCUCCCAGCAACUAAUGACAACUUUUUCUAUUUGCUCACUUUUUUAAUACAUGCUUUUUUAGUAAAA